AUGGGGCUUACCACACUAUACGAAAAUGAAAAGAAACCUAAGAAGGACAAGCCAUCGCGGGACUGGAGGGAGCGGAGGAAUGCCAUCAGGCUCACCAAUGAGCACACUGUGGAGACCCUGGUGGUGGCCGAUGCCGACAUGGUGCAGUACCACGGGGCAGAGGCUGCACAGAGGUUCAUCCUCACUGUCAUGAACAUGGUGUACAACAUGUUUCAGCACCAGAGCCUUGGGAUUAAAGUUAACAUUCAAGUUACCAAGCUGGUCCUGCUGCGACAACGCCCGGCCAAGUUAUCCAUCGGGCACCAUGGUGAACGGUCCCUGGAGAGCUUCUGUCACUGGCAGAAUGAGGAGUAUGGGGGUGCACAGUACCUUGGCAAUAACCAAGUACCAGGAGGGAAGGAUGAUUCGCCUUCUGUGGAUGCUGCUGUGUUUGUGACCAGGACAGAUUUCUGCGUUCACAAAGAUGAACCGUGUGACACUGUCGGAAUUGCUUACUUAGGAGGCGUGUGCAGUGCUAAGAGGAAAUGUGUGCUUGCUGAAGACAAUGGUCUCAAUUUGGCCUUUACCAUCGCCCAUGAGCUGGGCCACAACCUGGGAAUGAACCACGAUGAUGACCACUCAUCUUGUGCUGGCCGGUCGCACAUCAUGUCAGGAGAGUGGGUGAAAGGCCGGAACCCUAGUGACCUCUCUUGGUCAUCCUGUAGUCGAGAUGACCUCGAGAACUUUCUCAAAUCCAAAGUCAGUACCUGUUUAUUGAUCACUGACCCCAGGAGUCAGCAUGCCCUGCGCCUCUCACACAAGCUGCCAGGCAUGCACUACAGCGCCAACGAGCAGUGCCAGAUUCUGUUUGGCACCAAUGCUACCUUCUGCAGAAACAUGGAGCAUCUGAUGUGUGCUGGGCUGUGGUGCCUCGUAGAGGGUGAUACAUCCUGCAAGACCAAGCUGGACCCUCCCCUGGAUGGCACCGAGUGUGGGGCCGACAAGUGGUGCCGGGCUGGAGAGUGCGUGAGCAAGACGCCCAUCCCAGAACAUGUGGACGGGGACUGGAGUCCAUGGGGCACCUGGAGCAUGUGCAGCCGAACAUGUGGGACCGGAGCACGAUUCCGGCAGAGGAAAUGUGACAACCCCCCGCCUGGACCUGGAGGCACACACUGCCAGGGUGCUAGCGUAGAACAUGCUGCCUGUGAGAACCUGCCCUGCCCCAAGGGUGUGCCCAGCUUCCGGGACCAGCAGUGCCAAGCCCAUGACCGACUGAGCAGCAAGAAGAGGGGCCUGCUGACAGCAGUGGUGGUUGAUGAUAAGCCAUGUGAACUCUACUGCUCACCCUUUGGAAAGGAGUCCCCGCUGCUGGUGGCUGACAGGGUCCUGGAUGGCACGCCCUGCGGACCCUACGAGACUGACCUCUGCGUGUAUGGCAGAUGCCAGAAAAUUGGCUGUGAUGGCAUCAUUGGGUCUGCAGCCAAAGAAGACAGGUGUGGUGUCUGCAGCGGGGAUGGCAAGACCUGCCGUGUGGUGAAGGGUGACUUCAGCCAUUCCCGGGGGACAGGUUAUAUUGAAGCUGCUGUCAUUCCUGCUGGUGCUCGGAGGAUCCGUGUGGUAGAAGACAAACCUGCUCACAGUUUCCUGGCUCUCAAAGACUCCAGUAAGAGAUCCAUCAACAGCGACUGGAAGAUAGAGCUCCCUGGAGAGUUCCAGAUUGCAGGUACAACAGUCCGCUAUGUGAGAAGAGGCCUGUGGGAGAAGUUUUCAGCCAAGGGACCCACCACGGUGCCGCUGCAUCUGAUGGUGCUGUUAUUUCACGACCAGAAUUAUGGAAUUCACUAUGAAUACACCAUACCCGUAAACCAGAGCACUGACAAUCAGAGUGAGCCUGCCAAGCCACAGGAUGCCCUCUUUCUCUGGACCCACAGUGGCUGGGAGGGGUGCAGCGUGCAGUGCGGAGGAGGAGAACGAAGAACCAUUGUAUCAUGCACACGGAUUGUUAACAAGACCACAACCCUGGUGAAUGACAGUGACUGUCCCCAAGCAAGUCGCCCUGAGCCCCAAGUCCGAAGGUGCAACUCUCAUCCAUGCCAGUCCCGGUGGGUGGCCGGUCAGUGGAGCCCCUGCUCAGCAACCUGUGAGAAGGGUGUCCAACAUCGGGAGGUGACUUGCAUGCACCAGCUACAGAAUGGCACACAUGUCACUACUCGGCCCCUCUACUGCUCAGAACCCCAGCCGACACCAGUACAGAGCUGUGAAGGCCAGGACUGCCUGUCUAUCUGGGAGGCAUCAGAGUGGUCAGAGUGCUCUGCUGACUGUGGCAAAGGGACCCAGAAACGAACUGUGACAUGCACCAACUCUCAAGGAAAAUGUGAUGCAUCCACAAGGCCAAAAGCAGAGGAAGCGUGUGAGGACUACUCUGGCUGCUAUGAGUGGAAAACUGGGGACUGGUCUAAGUGUUCAUCUACGUGUGGGAAGGGGCUCCAGUCCCGGGUGGUACAGUGCAUGCACAAGGUGACUGGACGCCAUGGCAGUGAGUGCCCCGCCCUCUCAAAGCCAGCAGCCUACAGACAGUGCCACCAGGAGGUUUGCAAUGACAAGAUUAAUGUGAACACCAUCACCUCCCCUCGCCUUGCUGCCCUGACCUACAAAUGCACACGAGACCAGUGGACAGUAUAUUGCCGGGUCAUCCGAGAGAAGAACCUCUGCCAGGACAUGCGGUGGUACCAGCGCUGCUGCCAGACCUGUAGGGACUUCUACGCAAAUAAGAUGCGCCAUCUGCCCUCUCCCCCAAGCUCAUGACGUACAGCACAGUGCUUGCACAAUGCUCUGACUCAAAAUCUGAGGUCUGGCAGUUAGUGAGUGGAGAGCCCUCACCCUUCCCAAAAGCACAUCAUCCCUGCAGCCAGGACCCCCAAAGCAUUCCUCUGCUCCCACAAUAAGGCUGCCUCGAUUCCAGUUGCAUAGAACUAGCGAGUGGACUUGGCAUUGCCAUUCGUCCUUUGAACAUAAUAUAUUGUUAACAGCCAUUGGAUGGCUUUCUAAGGAGAAACUACACAAGAGUCAGAAAAUAAUUUUAGCUUCCAAGAUCCUAUGUACCUCAAAGGGGGCACCUCUGACAGAUAAUUAGAGAGGGAGAGAGAGAGAGAGAGAGAGAGAGAGAGAGAGAGCACUUAAGCAAGAGUGUUAUUGCUUCUGUCCUGGCUUACUAUUGACAUUUGAAUUCCUCGAGCUUGAUGGAGCUUUAUGGAAAUAUCCUGGAAAUGAGAUAUAACAUUAGGAGAGGCGCUAUCCUGAAAGCCAGCAAUGUCCUGGUUGACCAGCUUCUACAAUGGCUUCUCUGGAAGAGGGCUAUGCUGCCUGAGCACAAGAAUCAAGACAUGGCCUCUGCCCAUCUCAAAAACGUUAAGAGUCUCAAAAUCCUGGGCCUUGCCUUAGAAAUCUUGCCCCUGAAAGUUGAAAUCUGACUAGGCCAACAAGAAUACCAGUGCCACAUAGUUCCGCACCCCACAUAUGGCAGGGUGGGGGAGCACCCUGAAGAGCUAGAUUUGGGAAGCCACUCAGUGGUGUACCCCACAGGGAAACAGGGGAGCCUUUCCUCAAGGUGCUAUGAAAUGGGUUGCUUCCUAACAUAAAGGCAUCCUCAGCUCCCUCGGGGUAUGCCAGCUCCCACUCUGCCUCCAGGCAUAUCCACUUGGCCAGCGCUCCAUAAGGCUUUGCACAUUAUAUAUAUUCUGCACCUUGGCCAAGUACCUUUCCAUUGCCAUUGGCCUUUCUUCUGAAGUUAGGCUGAAGUUCAGGACCUCUGAGGACACACGUCAGUCCUGGUAUCUGGGCACAAGGCAGGUGUGCCAGGACUUUUGGAGGAACACCACGUGACUGAAAUUGCUGCAUGGUCAUCAAGCCUUCCUCUAAUGAAGAUCUCAUGGCUGGUAUCAUCAUUGUUCACAGCUGUCAUCACUGACCCAUCCUGAGGUGACAUGGAAAGAUGGAGAAGGUCCUGCCAUCCAUCCCCAGGCAUUCACUUUCACCACAGAACUUUUCUAUCUCCAGAAGUACAGAGAAGUG